AUGUGUCAUUCAACAACAUUGUCUUGUAUUGACCUUUUGCAUUCAGAUCCUUACAACUUACCUCAUUACGUUGCAAUGCGGAACCCUUUGGUACAGUUGCCCGACCGUGAAGCGAACACAUUUCUAAAUGUUGGUGAUAUUUUGUUUUAUUGUGCACGUGCGUUUAGUAUGAAGGGUUCAUUAGAUUUGGUGAGACGAUGUUUCAAGAUUGGUAAAUUGCCUGAAAGAAUUUGGUUUGAUGUCGGACCAUAUGUUGAACAGAUUAUAGCGUACACAAAUCCACUUGGCAUAUUGUUCGGUUUGGGAGCAAAUGGUGGAGGUGUAAUGAUGAGUAAGGAUUUGGGGAAAACAUGGAUUUCAAUCAACUCAUUCAUGUAUCAAAGAACUUUGAAUACGUCGACUGAAAUCAUUACAGCAAGUGUCAUACCAUGGAUUUCAUCAACUGGAUCAAUUGACAAUACAUUGUCUGAGUCAUUUUGCAAGAUGCGAGUGGCUAAUCAAUGGAAUGUAUGCAUCAACGCAAUUUAUGCAAAUGAACUUCUAUUGGCAGACUGGACUAACACCUGUCCAAACAUCAAGCCUUUUUAA